CUCGAUUUCUUCAAGUAUAAUUUUACACAAUGCUGGAUUCCAGGCUCAUUCUAGAGGGGCAAAGUAAAUUUCUUCAUAGUUCAUUCAUAUCUACCGCUAAUUAAUGUAAAUUGGACCCUGAAGUCUACGGCAAACCAGUUCCGGUAGGCUCCACCUGUCUACCGACAGUAGUGCAACAGAGCUCGUCAUACCCCGCCAUUGCCCCUCAAAUAUAUGUCUACACUUCCCAUUUUUAACGCAUUCUGUGUGCAAUUCCUCGGUAUUAAAGCCGAAGCUGCGAUAAAGCUACAACAAUAAUUCUAUCUUAACAAUUUGUCAACAUGAAUUCCACUACAGCUUCCUACAACCCCUCUCAUGAAGGGAACACUAGUGCCGAUUCCCCAAAAGAGGUCCAAGGAGUCCCAAUCCUCGCACUCAACGAUGGCCACAAGAUCCCCAUGCUUGGCUAUGGUACCGGCACCGCCCAGGCCCGUGUAGGGAACACCGGCAACGACAUAGACGAAUCUCUUGUAGCUACGAUCCUCAUGGCCAUCCACGCCGGCUACCACCACCUCGAUGGCGCCGAAUAUUACGGUAACGAGCGCGAGCUCGGUGAAGCAAUCAAGCAAUCCGGCCUCCCCCGCUCAACCUUCUUCGUCACCACCAAAAUACCCGGCACCGAACCCACAGACACUGAGGCUAGCAUCACCGCCUCCCUCGAGAAACUCGGCCUCGACUACGUGGACCUUUACCUCAUUCACGCUCCCUUCUUUGCCUCCACGGACGCUGAACUGCAGGCCAAGUGGGCCGAGUUUGAAGCCGUCAAGGCCAGCGGCCGCGCACGUAGCAUUGGCGUUAGCAACUUCUUGCAGUCGCACCUCGAGACGAUCCUCAAGACCGCCAAGGUCGUGCCAGCCGUCAACCAGAUUGAGUACCACCCAUACCUACAGCACAAGGGCCUGGUAGAGUUUAACCAGGAGCACGGAAUCGCGACAGUUGCGUAUUCGCCGCUGGCGACGCUGCUACACGCGCGACCAGGGCCAAUGGACCGCUAUUAUUCGAACUUGGCAGCGAAAUAUGGGGUUACUGAGGCGGAGGUAGCGUUGAGGUGGGUAGUGGACCAGGGGAUGGUGGUGCUGACGACUAGUUCGAAAGAGGAUCGGUUGAAGGGAUACUUGGCGAACAUUGGGAGGUGGAAGCUGACGCCGAGAGAAGUGGACAAUAUUAAGGAGAUUGGAAAGGAGAAGCAUUAUAGAGGGUAUUGGAAGAACAAAUUUGCGGCUGACGAUAGGUCGUAGAGUUGCAAAGAUAGUUCUCAGGUUACUCGCGCGCCAAAGCGCCAACUAUUUAAUUCUUCUAAUGUCUUGUCUUGAAAUUUGCAUUGUGUUUAGAAUUAUCAUUGUGGAGGCUGUAUAUAGCCACUUUCCUGAAGGCAGAAUGAAGGCUAGUUUCCAUGGG